GCUCUAGUCCGCCACUAUCCCACAAUCCUCUCUAUCUUCUCUUUCUUUCAAGAUGGCGCUGUUGGGGGCUCCGCGGAGCCUGGCGGCUCUCGCCGCCUUCUAUCGGCGCAGGCUGCUGGCAGCGUCCCUGCUCCGGCAGCCGGCGGCUUGUGUCCACGGCUGGACAGCCGGCAGCGGGCGGAAGCGGGGCCAGCCCUCCCCGCGGAUCUAUCAGAUUCCCCAGACAUUCAGACAAGCUACAUGGCAGAGUUUGGGGUGUGGCUAUUCAAGACAAUUAUUAGAUGCUGCAAAGCAUCUCCAGUGGGGGCCACUGAUAGAUAAGAGAACAUGUUGGCAUGGUCAUGCAGGUGGAGGACUCCACACAGAUCCAAAGCAAGGGUUGAAAGAGAUAGAUGCUGGGAAGAUUAUCAGGGCAAUGUUAUCUUAUGUAUGGCCCAAAGACAGACCAGACCUACGAGCCAGAGUUGCCAUCUCUCUAGGAUUUUUGGCAGGUGCAAAGGGCAUGAAUAUAGUGGUUCCCUUCAUGUUUAAAUAUGCAGUAGACAACCUCAACCAGAUGUCUGGAAACAUGCUGAACCUGAGUGAUGCACCACAUACAGUUGCAACCAUGGCAACAGCUGUUCUGAUUGGCUAUGGUGUGUCAAGAGCUGGGGCUGCCUUAUUUAACGAAGCGAGAAAUGCAGUAUUUGGGAAAGUAGCCCAAAAUUCUAUCAGAAGGAUAGCAAAGAAUGUCUUUCUCCAUCUGCAUAACCUGGAUUUGGGUUUCCACCUGGACAGGCAGACAGGAGCUCUGUCAAAAGCUAUUGACAGGGGAACAAGGGGUAUCAGCUUUGUGCUGAGUGCUUUAGUAUUUAAUCUGGGACCCACUGUAUUUGAAAUGGCACUUGUGAGUGGAAUUCUGUAUUAUAAAUGCGGUGCACCAUUUGCAUUUGUAGCUCUGGGGACACUCGGUGCAUAUACAGCAUUCACGAUAGGAGUUACACAGUGGAGGACUAAAUUUAGAAUAGAAAUGAACAAAGCAGAUAAUGAUGCAGGUAAUGCUGCAAUUGACUCGCUGUUAAAUUAUGAAACUGUGAAGUAUUUCAAUAAUGAAAAAUAUGAAGCCCAGCGAUAUGAUGGAUUUUUGAAGACCUAUGAAAAUGCCUCACUGAAGACUACCUCUACCUUAGCUAUGCUGAACUUUGGGCAAAGCGCUAUAUUCAGCAUUGGCUUAACAGCCAUUAUGGUGCUUGCUAGUCAGGGAAUUGUUGCAGGGAACUUGACAGUUGGGGAUCUGGUAAUGGUGAAUGGACUGCUAUUCCAGCUUUCUCUACCGCUUAACUUCCUGGGAACAGUGUACAGAGAGACUAGGCAAGCUCUCAUAGAUAUGAACACCUUGUUUACACUGCUCAGCGUAGACACAAGAAUUAAAGACAAAGAGCUGGCUCCACCGCUGCACAUCACACCACAGACUGCUACCAUCACCUUUGAUAACGUGUAUUUUGAAUACCUUGAGGGGCAGAAAGUCCUUAAUGGAGUGUCUUUUGAAGUCCCUGCAGGAAAGAAAGUGGCCAUUGUAGGAGGUAGUGGGUCAGGAAAAAGCACAAUAGUAAGAUUACUAUUCCGCUUCUUUGAACCCCAGAAAGGAAAUAUUUAUGUUGCUGGUCAGAAUAUACAGGACAUCAGCUUGGAAAGCCUGAGGAAGGCUAUAGGCGUUGUACCUCAGGAUGCCGUUCUAUUCCAUAACACCAUCUACUACAACCUCUUAUAUGGUAAUAUUGGUGCAUCAGCAGAAGAGGUGUAUGCAGUAGCAAAGUUGGCAGGAAUCCAUGAUGCUAUUUCCCGAAUGCCCAAUGGGUACAACACACAAGUUGGUGAACGAGGACUCAAGCUCUCAGGAGGGGAAAAGCAAAGAGUUGCUAUUGCCAGAGCCAUCUUAAAGAAUCCUCCUAUUAUUCUCUACGAUGAAGCCACAUCAUCUUUAGAUUCAAUUACAGAAGAGAACAUUCUAAGUGCCAUGAGGGACCUGGUGAAGCACAGAACAACUGUUUUCAUUGCACACAGACUGUCAACAGUAGUUGAUGCAGAUGAAAUCCUUGUCCUGGAUCAGGGUAAAGUUGCUGAGCGUGGUAGCCAUUUAGAUCUUCUGGCCAGUCCCAGCAGUCUCUACUAUGAGAUGUGGCACACACAGAGCAGCAAAAUACUAAAUAGUAACAUCAACCAGAAAUGGGAAGAGAGAAAUAACCACAUGUCCAAAGAAGAGGAAAGGAAGAAACUACAAGAGGAAAUUAUCAACAGUGUGAAGGGCUGUGGAAACUGUUCCUGCUAAGUGUGUGAUGCAGGAUUAAAUUUCUGCUGCCGGUUAAAGGGUGAUACAAGAGUGACUGAAGCACACCUGUGGUUUGAAAACAAAAACAAUUCAGACACUUCCUGGUUGGUUUUGGUUUUUUUACAGUAUCUCAACACAGCAUAACUUCUUUAACCAAAGGAUUUAUUUCUACAUUGUCAGAAUCUCUAAUAUUUAAUGAGGUGCGUGAGAACUUUUGAAAAACUCUCAAUUUAUUGCUAAUUAACAAGGUGUAUUUUUAUGGACGUUUCAGACAUUUAUACAUUUUACUGGCAAUCACUUGUCAAGUGACCUAGAUCAUUUCAGCUGGCAAAGAUGGAAUUAUUUGAACUGUAUCAUUAAGCAGUAAACAGACUUGCUCUGCGUUUAUUUUCCACCAUUGAUGGCUGGUAAAGGUGUUUUAUAUUUUUAAUGUGAUUCAGUUAACUUGAAUUUGUAUGGUAAAAAAUAAGAUGUACUUAGUUCUAUUAAAUGACUCUCUGGCUUGAAA